AUGAACGACAUUUACGCUAGACGGCUCGCGCAAGGGAUGAUGUUCCAUCAGCUGAUGCGCUGCCACGGAACUCUCUGGGCCGCGACGCAGGUAACAAAGGAAAAGCUUGACUACAACUUCAUCCGCGAGGAGUUCAUGCGGUCCAAUGGUAGACGCACAAUGCCGCUCCUCAUUGGCGCUGCUGCCGAGGAAAACCUUCAUGAACUGCACCUAACGCACUUGACAGAGCACUGUGCGUGGGGGGAGAGCGCACGUGCCUCAGCCGUGCAUCGACAGACCCCACUGUCACAGCACAUUGGGGCAAUGGGAAGGAUGUCUGAGACAAUUCAUCAGACGAAAACGGCGGCCACAAUGCAGAAUCUCUUUAAUGAGCAUUUGUCCCGUAUCGAAGGCAUUAGCUCUUUUGAGGAGGAGCCCCUCAUUGACGAUGCAAAUUGA